AUGGCUGCUUUCCCCAAUCUCAACUCUGAUGCUGGACUGAAGAAGCUAGACGAGCAUCUUCUCACUCGUUAUUACAUCACAAGUUCUAACCUUAUAACAAUCAGUCACAAGGCUUCAAAAGAUGAUAUCACUAUCUAUGCGGCUCUUUCAAAAUCUCCACCUUCAAAGUAUGUGAAUGCAUCACGUUGGUACAACCACAUUGAAACUCUCUUGAGUAUCUCAGGUAUCUCUUCUGAAGGAAGUGGUGUUACUAUUGACGGAUCAGCCUCUAUCACAGAAGAGGCUGAUGGUAAUUCUAAGGAUGGUGUAGUGGUUAUUGACGAUGAUGAUAAUGAUCAAGAUGUUGACCUUAUCGGGGAAGAGGCUGAAGAGAGACCAGCUUCUUUAAUAGCAUCCACUACAAAGAAAAUAUCUUGGGAGUCGAUUGUAAUAGUUGUCAUGCCGGAGGAUGAUGAGACCGACAUGAAUAAGCUAGAGGAACAAGUAAGAUCCAUUCAAAUGGAAGGACUAGUUUGGGGAGCAUCAAAAGUUGUCUCAGUUGGUUAUGGAGUCAAGUUGUUGCGGAUCAUAGGCACAGUGCCCCUUGAUGAGGAAACUGAUGUUUUUGAAGGCAUUGUCGAAACACAGAUAAUGUCUUUUGGGCGUGUCAAUGUUGAGACUAGCGACUUGUACGAAUCUCUAGUUCUUAUCCAACCGAAUGAAGAUGAGGCCGAUAUGAAGAAGCUAGAGGAAACUGUCAGAUCCAUUCAUGUGGCAGGAUUGUUUUGGGGAGCAUCAAAGUUUGUCCCCGUUGGUUGUGGAAUCAAGUUGUUGGGGAUUGAGUGCACCACCGUCGGACACCUUGUGCAUCUUCGACGCAUUGUGACGCUCAACACCUUUGUCAAAGAGCAAAUAGCUGAUAAUCCGUAUGUCAAGAGCUGUCAAACUCUGAGCUUAAACAGAAUAUUUAAUGGAAUCAAAGAAGAGGAAUCUGAUUCUGAGGAUGAUUUUGACCUUUUUGGGGAAGAGAGAGCAGGUCCUUCGAGAGUAUCCUCAAAGAGUAAAGAGUCUUGCAAGUCAGGCUUAGUGCUUAAACGGCUGUUGGGUGACAAGCCUGACAUAAAGAAGUUAGAGGAGUCUGUAAGAUCCCUUCAGACAGAAGGAGUGGUUUGGGGGGCAUCAACGAUUGUCAAACUUGGCUACGGAUUCAAGUAUUUGCGGAUCAUAUUCACCAUUGUGGACGACCUUGUGUGUUUCAAAACUGUUCUCCAAAAAACUGGCGGUAUUCACUUGAAGAGAAUAUGAUUGGGAUAAUAAAACUCCAAGGAAGGUUUAAUAAAGAUUCCAAGUGAUAUCAUCACGAAGCUCUUCCAAAUCUUAUUCAUUAACUGCUCGUAGCAUACGUUGAUUGGCUUUGCUUGGCUCUUUAUUUUCCCAAAUCUGGAAAGUCAAGUCAAGCACUUCUAAUAACGCCAUAUCUUCCUCGUGUCUAGCUCUCUCGAUUCUCUUUGCUCUUCUUCAACUUAUCAACCUCUGCCAUCUUCUCCAUACAUGACUUCUCCUCUUCGCUUUCACGUAAUAUUUUUGUGACAACCUGCCCCGUGGAACUACCCGCCCAUGGGCCCCAGGCUCACAGCGCUGCAGCGCACCGACCCCAACCCCUCUAUUAUGAGUUCUCACUAACUCCAUAAUUAGGUUGUUGGUGGGCCUCGAACCCAGGACCUCACCCUUUAACAGCAUUCCCACAGGACAAGCUGUCACCAAUUGACCUGCAGAUCAAUUGGUGACAGCUUGUCCUGUGGGAAUGCUAUUAAAGGGUGAGGUCCUGGGUUCGAGGCCCACCAACAACCUAAUUAUGGAGUUAGUGAGAACUCAUAAUAGAGGGGUUGGGGUCGGUGCGCUGCAGCGCUGUGAGCCUGGGGCCCAUGGGCGGGUAGUUCCACGGGGCGGGUUGUCUGACAGCUUGUCCUGUGGGAAUGCUGUUAAAGGGUGAGGUCCUGGGUUCGAGGCCCACCAACAACCUAAUUAUGGAGUUAGUGAGAACUCAUAAUAGAGGGGUUGGGGUCGGUGCGCUGCAGCGCUGUGAGCCUGGGACCCAUGGGCGGGUAGUUCCACGGGGCGGGUAGGGUGAGGUCCUGGGUUCGAGGCCCACCAACAACCUAAUUAUGGAGUUAGUGAGAACUCAUAAUAGAGGGGUUGGGGUCGGUGCGCUGCAGCGCUGUGAGCCUGGGGCCCAUGGGCGGGUAGUCCCACGGGGCGGGUUGUCACAGCUUGUCCUGUGGGAAUGCUGUUAAAGGGUGAGGUCCUGGGUUCGAGGCUCACCAACAACCUAAUUAUGGAGUUAGUGAGAACUCAUAAUAGAGGGGUUGG